AUGGCUCCCAACCAACAGACUGCCGCCGCGACUGCUAUAAAGACCACAGCCGGACCCAAACCCAUGUCCGCCAAGACCAUCGCCAUCCUCAAGGCUACUGCACCCGUCGUCCAGGAGCACGGCACCGAGAUCACCUCCACCAUGUAUGGCACCAUGUUCUCCGAGUUUCCGGAGGUGCAAAACCUCUUCAAUAUGUCCCACCACCGAGUGGCCGGUGCCACCAAGGGAGGAGCUCCCCCCGGCGUUUCUCGUCAGGCCACUGCGCUCGCCAAUGCUGUCAUCGGCUUCGCUGCCAACUGCGACCAACUCGGCAACCUCGGUGAUGCCGUCCCGCGUAUGGUACACAAGCACGUGAGCCUUGACAUCCGUGCCAAACACUACCCGAUUGUCGGUGGAUGUCUGCUCCGCGCUAUCAAGACUGUUUUAGGAGACGCCGCUACCGACGAGAUCAUUGACGCGUGGAAGGAAGCCUACUGGUUCCUGGCUGACCUCCUCAUCCAGGCAGAAGACAAUAUGCGCGACGAGAUCGAGAAUAUGCCUGGUGGCUGGGCUGGGUUCCGCCAACUUCGAGUGGCUCGAAAGGUCAAGGAGAGCGACGAGGUCACCUCGUUCUACCUCGAAAGCACCGACCCGUCAAAGGGUCUCAUGACAUUUCAGCCUGGCCAGUUCCUCUCGCUCAAGUUUGACAACCUUCAGAACGGUCGUUCCAUUGUGCGCAACUACAGUGUAUCGUCUGCUCCGGGACAGAACUUCUACCGCAUCUCCGUCAAGAAGGAGCCUGGCAACGCUGUCAAUGGCGCCCCGGCUGGCGUGGUCUCGUCACACUUGCACAACGACGUCCACGUCGGUAGCAUCCUGCAUGUGGGAGUUCCAUGCGGCCACUUCUACCUCGAGCCGUCCACCAAGCCGAUCGUGCUCAUCAGUGGCGGUGUAGGUUUCACCCCAUUGCUGAGCAUGCUUGAGCAUCUUGUGGCAUCGUCUGCGCAGAAACAACCUGUGAUCUUCGUGCAAUACGCUCGCAAUCCCAGCGUCCGCGCAUUUGGCGAGCACAUCGAGAGUAUCGCCAAGAAGAACGACUUCGUCACUGCUCACACGGUCUACGGCAAGCUCGACCUCAACCAGCUCGAGAAGCUCCUGCUGUCGAAGGACUGCGAGUUUUACUUCUGUGGUCCUGCUGGGUUCAUGACGGCAGUGUUUAAAUCGCUCAGUGAGCAGUGGUCUGUCCCUGCAACUCAGCUGCAUUACGAGUACUUUGGCCCCACUCAGGACAUCAGUGCUGGCAGCUCAACGCAGAGUCCGCCGCCCGCUUGUCCUUUCGCCACAUUCGACUACCACACACGUCUGAUGGCCAACCCCAGCAAGCAGUCUCGAACUGGCUUGGUGGUUGCUGCAGCAGUUGCAGCGUCUGCCGUGGUUCUUACGACGCUCUUGCGAUCGACAAAGUAA